AUGCAAUUGAGAUACAUUGUAGUGUUGUUGGCAAUGAUGACUGCCAUCGCCAUGGCCGAUGUGUACAUGCACUCGCCACCAGGCUCAAACGACAGAAACCAAGAGGAGAGCACCAACAGAAACAACGACAAUCGUCUGUUCAACUCACAGAACAACGCCAAGGGAGGCUACUGCCGCGGUGGCAUCCUCAGAUGGUACGAGAAGUCCUACUUGCCAAUCGAGUGGACCAACCAGCACGGCUGUGGCAACGACCAGACAUCGUGCAACAUCAUCCUCCAGUACAUGUGCGGUAGCACCGCCGACGACUCCACCGUGCAGGUGCGUGACGGUACCACCACCACCACCAUCCCCAACGACAUCAACCAGGUCGGCACUCUCGACAACAGCGAGCUCCAGUUCGGCAUGCACGAGUCCUACUACUACUACCAGAACUGCACCUUCCGUGAGAGAAACAAGGGACUGUUCACCGCCAACCAGAACCCAGGCAACUCUGCCCGCUCUACCCGCCAGCAGCCAGGCACCACCCAAUACGGUUUUGAGUGCCCAGAGGAGCGCGACUACUACCCAUACUGGGCCCCAUCCCCAUGGAAGGAUAUUGCCGUCUUCACUGGCAACACUGACGACUGCCACAUCUACCAAGGUGAGUCCCAGAACGUCAAGUCCAAGUGGUACUGUGUGAUGCCCGACACCACCAAGCUUGCCCCCGUCGGCCAAUCCAAGUGCACUGAGCAAGGUGGAGUUUGGACCGAGCAGAAGGCCUGGGGUAUCAGCGCCCCAGAGUGCAUCCGCGCCGAGUGGAACCACGUCAACCAUCUCGGUCUCUCCCAGUCACCGGGCAAGUACAACUCCUACAACUGGUCGCUCCCACAUCAGGGAAUGGAGCCAUGCAUCUCCGCCGGCAACUGCCGCUGUGUGCUCCGUCUGCGUUACAACAUCUCGUCUGCUGAGAUCAAGGGCUACGGCAAGUCCGCCCUCGACAGUGGCGACAAUGGCCAGAACUCGCCAAUCCGCACUGACCCAACCGUCCAGGUCGCCGGCGACAACGUCACCCUCAACAUCAACGAGAACCAGUACGGCCGUACCUUCCAGGACCGUUCGCACACCUUCUCCAUCAUUGCCCGUACCCCAGAGCUCAAGAACGCCAAGAUCUGGAACCUUUUGGUCAAGGGCAAGCGUGGCAACAUCGUCCAGGUGUACCCCGCCAUGGAGUACCAGUUCACUCCAAACCAGCUGCACAUGAAGAUCAACGAGCACGUUCACUUCCAGUGGACUGGCUGCGACCACAACCCAGCCGGAAACACUGGCAACGGCCGUGACCAGCUCGACCGCUCCAACAUCGUCCAGAUCCACUCGCUCAACGAGGGCAAGCCAUUCAACGACACCGACUACAACGGAGACAACGCCCUGUUCACCAACUCGGACGUCCGCAAGCGUUUCGCCACCCUCGACCAGAAGGGCUGUCUCUCGUACGCCGACCUCUACGCCAAGAACAACGGCAACAAGGACCAAGUCGAGCAGGACCCACAGAACUGCGCCUUCCUCAACGCCGCCCCCAACACCUUUGACGGUGGCGUGCACCAGAUGGACAGAACCGGUUCGUUCUACUUCAUGUCCACCCGUAACAACGACUUCUCCAACCGUGACCAGAAGGGUGCCAUCCACGUCGACCCACUGUUCAGACCAUGGCAGAUUGCUUUGAUCGCCGUUGGUUGUGCUCUCUUUGUCGGUCUGGCCGCCACCGGUGGUGCCAUGGUCUACGCCAAGCAGCACCCACACUCUGGCGCCAACCGUUUCUUCUCCAAGGUUCCAGGUGUCAAGAGAGUCGUCGCCUAA